AUGAGUGAUGGAGGCCGGGAAGACACUUUGGCUUUAUUCGACGCUGAUGAGGAACCACGGUUCGGAAAGCCGGAAGACUUUGAGGAUAUCCUAUUAGCACUUUGGAUCCAGCUCGGCCACAAAUACUACCUACCGCAAACCAAUUCGAAAGUCCAGCUAUGUUUCCAACUCAUUCCGUCGGCAUUUGUACCUUACUUGGAUACGCUCAUAUCGCUUAGCAGCGAUCCCCGCAGCCACAAGAAAUUUAUCCGAUUAUUCCGGUACAUCACCAACUUUGAAAUCUUCGACACCAUUCCAAGAGCUGACCGUCGCGACGGCACGGUUUCGGCGAACGCGCUCCGGGAGCACAGUUCAGUGACAGAAGCGGUUCUGAAGGAACCGGGCGUCAAGGAAGCGGUCCUGAAGGACGCGGGCGCGAAGGAAACGGGCGUGAAGGAAACGGACCCCCGGAAGAAAGUCAACUACACGCCGGCUCGGGAGUCCAGCAAGCCCGAGGGGGGUAAAUCUGAGCCGCAGUCCGUGCCGUCUACGCGGGAUCCCGGAAGCCAAGACGAAUGCGGAACGUUUAGUGAGGCCUUGCGCUCCAAGUGCACGUCUUGGUCGAAACGGAGUUCAGAGGCAGCCGGACCGUCCUGGAGAGUGUCUGGUCCGGAUUUCGAGGGUCCGGAUUUCGAGAAUCUGGAUUUCGAGAAUCUGGAUUUCGAGAAUCUGGAUUUCGAGAAUCUGGAUUUCGAGAAUCUGGAUUUCGAGGAUCUGGAUCCCGAGAGCGGCCAAAAGCCGGGACGAAAUCUCCGGACGGCACUUCGUACUUUCAUCGUUUUGCUCCGUCGGCGUUUCAUCGAAGUCAGUUGCAGCCAGUGGCCGGUGCGCCUAGCGUGA